CUGCACUGCAAUUCAUUGUGCUACGCUACAGCCUCCUCCCCCUGCUGCUGAAGCACUAGGGCAGUGACUAAAUCUCAAGCAAAGGGGAGGGGGGACCAUAUAGACAUCCCAAGGGAGCUGUAAGCCCUACCCCAUGUCUAGGUGAUUGAAUCCCACGUUGUGUCUUGUUUUAUGGUCUCGUAAGGGAAGGGGGAAAAUCCCAAAUCCAGCUGUGUAAAUGAGUAUGGAAGAUUAUGAUUUUCUGUUCAAAAUUGUUUUAAUUGGCAACGCUGGCGUGGGGAAAACCUGCUUAGUCCGACGCUUCACUCAGGGGCUUUUCCCACCAGGUCAAGGAGCCACUAUCGGAGUUGACUUUAUGAUUAAGACUGUGGAGAUAAAAGGUGAAAAAGUGAAGCUGCAGAUCUGGGACACGGCAGGGCAGGAGAGAUUCCGGUCCAUUACGCAGAGUUAUUAUCGCAGCGCUAAUGCAUUAAUAUUGACCUAUGACAUAACCUGUGAAGAAUCCUUCCGAUGCCUUCCCGAAUGGCUGAGAGAAAUAGAACAGUAUGCCAGCAAUAAGGUCAUAACUGUGCUAGUGGGUAAUAAGAUUGAUUUAGCUGAGAAAAGAGAAGUCUCCAAACAAAGAGCUGAAGAAUUUUCAGAGGCCCAAAACAUGUACUAUCUGGAAACUUCUGCUAAAGAAUCGGAUAACGUUGAAAAACUCUUUCUGGACUUAGCUUGCCGGCUGAUCAGUGAGGCAAGACAGAAUACGCUUGUGAACAAUGUGGCAUCCCCGUUACCAGGAGAGGGGAAAAGUAUCAGCUAUUUGACUUGCUGCAAUUUCAAUUAAGGGCUGGCCCAAGAUCCACCCCAAAAGGGCCAAGAGGUUUUUUGCUGAGAUUUAUCUCAGUGAAGGCAAUUCCUGCCACUUUGACCCAUCUGACUCACACCUAAGUCAGGUUCCUGAUCUUAAAGCAUGGCAGGCUGGCCGCUCCACCUGCAAGUCAACAUAGCAGAAUAUAAUAUGGUUUAAUCUUUUUUGCAGUCUCUGGAGUGGGUUAGGAAAAAUAGUUUGCACAAGGCGCUCAUUCAAAUCCAGAGCAUGGGCUGCUACGUCACUUUCUGUUGGAGAUUAGAACAGCCUCCCUGGAUGAUACGGAAGAAUGCAGGAUCUCUUUUGCAGCACGCGUUUGGUCUUUUUAAAAAAAGAUGAACUUUAAGUCUUGGACUAUACAGUACUGGCAUUCUUCCAGGCUGCCAGCCAAAUGAAUGCUUAGGAUGUGUAUAUGCCCACAGCAUCCUGAUGCAGGACUCAAUUGUAUGUUUUGAAUUAGUGUUAUAUCUUUCAUCCGCAGGCACUUUCAUGAACUUGGAAUUAAAAACAUAUAUAUCAACAUUUCCAAACAAACAACAAUUUGGAAAAAGAUAUGGAUACUGGCUUAGUCACUCCGUUUGGUGCUAGUACUUCAGCUGAAUUAUUUCAUAGACCAAACCUAGUUUUAUUACAUGACUGUCCUCUGAAUGUGUAACUUAGAGUAAGUAGUGAAAGUAUGCUAAUAAGCACUGUCCAUAAAAUAUCAUUACCUCUUUUUCUCAGCCUGAACAUAGUGGGUAAGGACUGUGCUUCUUUGAUGUCAAUUGUGGGGGUGAAAAGACUUUUUUUUUCUUGAGUCAAAAAAGCUCCGUAAACAGUAAUUUCCUAAUGUAAUGAACUAGUUUUGAGAAUACUGACUGAUGGAGUUGUAAACAGAUCAGAUCUGACCAAAAUAUUGUGUGUGCACUGAUCAUGUAUAAGGGUUCAAAGGCAGAGCACAGUUUAGAUGGCAGUCCAGUGUGUUUGAGUAAUGAAAGCUUGUAGUUACAGAUCUUGCUUGAGAAGCAAGCAUACAAUUUUGUAUGUUUUUUUUAAGCUUAAGUGAAAAUGGCAGCAAGUGGUGGUGUUAAUCAUUUUGUGUCUUACUCAUCCAGUGAUCAUCUUAUGAAACUGUACCUUGGAGAAGCAAUUCAUGGUACCAGUUUGGCAUCGACUCUGUAUUAUAGUAGCUUUUGGAUCCAUGACCAUAGAUUCAUUUAAUUUUCUUGUUACUUUGUACUCUUAAGUCUCCGAUUCCAAUGUAUGUAUAAUUAUUUGCCUAGGCAAGUUCUUUAUAUAAAACCUCUAAUGUGGAAGCACUAUGGUAUUUGUUAUAUUACACCUCUAGUGCCAUGUUCUAAUAAUACAUUGGACUUUACACAUUGAUGUUAAAGCAAAAUUGGAAAAGAGGUUGGACGCAUACAUAGCAAAUCAUUCUUAAAUGUUUGGUAUCCGUUUUAUUGACCUGAAUGAGGCUAAAACUCUUGGUAACUUUGUGGCUGUGAUACAUUGUAACUUAGCAUUAAUCAGCUCGAUAUCAUGUAUUAUUUGCUGAAGAUGUUGACUGGCCUUUUGUAUUAACAUGAAAAAAGCUGCCAAUAAGUAAAUCUUGAAAAUAAAAAUGGCCUUUUAAAAUG